AUGGCAACUUCAUUAAGUCAAACAAUAAAUGUGUUAGAAUAUGGUGUCAUGGGCUCAAUAUUAUCAAUCCCAGCAAAUUAUAAUGAUUCAAUGAUUGUUUUCUAUUCAUCAAAAGGUAUUAAUAAAGGUAUAAGAGAAUGGGGUCAAAUGAUGCAACGAGCAUAUAAUCGAACGAAUCAACAUCGUCUCAAUGAUCUUACUAUUAAUUAUCUUGGCUAUUAUACUGAUAAUGGUGCUUAUUAUUAUGAUAAUACAGAAAAAGGAAUAAAUUAUGAAGAAACAAUAAUCAAUGUUUAUCAUCAAAUUCCACUUCCAUUUCAUUAUAUUCAACUUGAUUCAUGGUGGUAUUAUAAAGGAAUUCGAGAUGGUGUUACUGAAUGGACAGGUCGUCCAGAUAUAUUUCCUGAUGCACAUGAUUGGGGUCUUGUUCUAUAUGAACAAGAUUGGCUUGAUCGUCAAACUAUUGAUUUUUUGCCAACACGUACUGAUAUUCAUAUUGGUCAGCAAUGGUUAAUGUCUAUGGGUGAAGCGGGUGAAAAAGUAGGCAUAAAUAUACAAUACUGUAUGAACUUACCACGUCAUAUUUUACAAGCUUUACAAAUACCGCGUGUUACACAUGCACGAACAUCAAUUGAUUAUGCUGUUCAUCUUGUGUUUCCCAUUAAAGCUCAAUGGGCUAUUGGAAUAUCCAGCAUGCUUGCUGAUGCGAUUGGCUUAGCACCAUUCAAAGAUGUUUUCUGGUCUAGUUCAUUUGAGCCAGGUGCGCGCCUUAUCAAGAAUUAG